AUGGGCCAGGUUAUUGAGUACAUCCCAGACCGGCUAUACCUGGCUGCGUACAUCCACCCUCCCACGGCCGAGACCAUCUUCCCCUACGGCGAGCCCGUCCAGACCUCCCCCAGGAAACGAUCGCAGAGAGCCGCCGAAGGGCCUACUCCCGUUCAGUCCGCCGCCGUCCGCCCUACGCCUUACUACUUCUCCGUCGACGACACCCUCCUCUACAACGCUUUCCACCACGACUUCGGCCCGCUGCACAUCGGUCACCUGUACCGCUUCGCCCUGCAGUUCCACGAUGUGCUCGGUGCCAAGGAGAACAAGGAUCGCCCCAUCGUCUUCUGGAGCAGAGCUGACCCCAGAAGUCGCGCAAACGCCGCUUGUAUGCUCGCCUGCUACAUGGUUCUCAUUCAAAACUGGCCGCCUCACUUGGCGCUGGCCCCCAUCGCCCAGGUCGACCCCCCUCUGAUGCCCUUCCGUGACGCCGGAUACAGUCAGGCCGACUACGGCAUCACCGUUCAGGACGUCGUCUACGGCGUGUGGAAGGCCAAGGAAGAGGGCUGCUGCGCCCUGGACAACUUCGACCUUGAUGAGUACGAGAAGUUCGAGAGAGUUGAGCACGGAGACUUCAACUGGAUCACACCACACUUCCUGGCUUUUGCGUCACCCCAGCACACCCCCGUCGCCAAGGUCAUUGAGGGCACUGAGGAGUGGGAUGCGCUCCCCAAGAGCAUUGGACAAGUGGAUGCCAACAAGGCGCUGCCCCAGCCCUUCAAGAACGUCCUGAAGCACUUCACUGAGCGCAACAUUGGCCUUGUUGUCCGCCUCAACUCUCCCCUCUACUCUCCCUCAUUCUUCGAGUCCAUGGGCAUCUCCCACCUGGACAUGAUCUUCGACGACGGCACCUGCCCGCCUCUCACAACCGUCCGCAAGUUCAUCAGGUUAGCGCACGAGACCAUCACCGUCAAGAAGAAGGGCAUCGCCGUCCACUGCAAGGCCGGUCUGGGCAGGACAGGUUGCCUCAUUGGCGCCUACCUCAUCUACCGCCACGGCUUCACCGCCAACGAGAUCAUCGCCUUCAUGCGUUUCAUGCGCCCCGGCAUGGUCGUCGGUCCCCAACAGCACUGGCUGCACAUCAAUCAGGGUAUCUUCCGUGAGUGGUGGAUUGAGGAGCGCAUCGAGCGCAAGCUCCGCAAGGAGAUGGCUGCCAACGCUGCUGUCCCCAGCACCCCCAUCCGCGCCAUGCAAAAGACUUCCCUUCGCAACGGCCAGGCCUCCACACCUCCCCACCGCAGCACAUCAAACAGGACGCCUUUGAGCGAAGUCGACCACGACCGCAAUAACAUUGGGGCUCAGGAAGACUACCUCCCGGCGCCAACACCAGGACAGCCAAGAAAGACCAACAGGGCAGGUGCAGACCGUCAUCAUCCCUACCAAAGAGCACCUUCAUACCACGCAACUGUCGAUGAGGAGGGCGCAAUCCACCAGGAGACGGAAGUGAUUUCCGUCCACAAGCAGUCUCGCGGCCCCAACGAGUCUGACGAAGAAUGGGACAUUAGGAUGCGCACACACAGGAAGACCUCGCAGUCGCCUACUCGCAGUGAAAGGCGAUCAGUUAGCCACUCCGCCGCCACUGUGUACCAGACAUACAUCGACAACGAUGCCAGCAACGAUGCGGAGAACAUCGGAACACAACGCGUCAAGAACCUUGGAGACCGCGUUAGCAGCGCAUCAGGUGUCCUCACCAAAGUUCGUGGCAGCAAGCGUUCGGGCGAUUCGCCAUUGAGGACCAAGGAAGGAGUACGAAAGACGAGUGGUCGAGUUGGCAGCGUGGGCAGCUCAGCGAUGUCCGCGACGGCCGCCUCGACCGCGCGCAAAGUCUCUGGCGCGUAG